GAAGAGAGGAGAAGAAGGGACACGAGCUGCUGCAGCCGGGGAUACCUGCAUACAUCAAGAUAACGCGGGAGUUUAAUCUCAAUUAGAUGUCAAUCUAAUUAACUGUGCUGCUGGUGACUGCGCCAAAACGCACACUCAUUGGGGAUUUUCUCCGCCCAACUUUUCUUUUCCUCCGCUUCUCGGGCUGACCCCCUCGCUCGCUGGUUCGCACCGAGGCUCUUUGCUUAUCACUUGGGUCUCCUGAGCUGUAAAAAACCGCAUCGGCUGUCUUAUCUGUGAUGGGGGCAGCGGCGGAGGUUGGGAGCUUCGUCAACGGAUUUCUGGACAGCUUUGGCCCCGCGGGUGCCGCUCCGGCUCCCGUUGGCUCUCAUUUCGUUCUCACCCCAGCCGGGGCGGUGGACUACAACUCGGUGACCGGACUGAUGAUGGGGGGACACGGGCGGCAGCAGCAGGAGCACCUGGUGUCUGCGGAGAGGCUGUCCCGGAGCCUGGCGGACCUGAGCCAUCUGAAGGGGAUUCUGAGGCGGCGACAGCUCUACUGCAGGACCGGGUUUCACCUGGAGAUCCGUCCCGACGGCACCGUGCAGGGCACUAGGAAGGACCACAGCAGAUUCGGUAUCUUGGAGUUCAUCAGUCUAGCUGUGGGACUGGUUAGCAUCAGAGGGGUGGACAGCGGCCUCUACCUCGCCAUGAACAGCAAGGGAGAACUGUAUGGAUCGGAGAAACUAUCAGCAGAAUCCGUUUUUCGGGAACAAUUUGAAGAAAACUGGUACAACACCUACUCGUCCAACAUCUACCGGCAUGGAGAAAAAGGUGCAUUUUACUUUGUUGCUCUGAACAAAGAUGGGACAUCCCGGGAUGGAACGAGGUCAAGGCGACAUCAGAGGUUCACUCACUUCUUACCGAGGCCUGUAGACCCGGACAGAGUACCAGAGCUAUACAGAGACAUACUGGGCCAGAGCUGA